UAUUUAAGACCAUUUUCGAUUAUGCGCCUUACUUAUUCCUUAAAUAAUAUCUUUAUCCCCAAUAUUUAGGCAUAAUCUUGUAUUGUUCACCAAAUCUCCAUCACUAAUGCUGAUGAAUUGGCACUCUCCAAUUUCCCUUUUUAGAUUCUUUUGAAUUUCCAAGACCCUAUUUUUAGACCCUGAAUGGCAACUGGCACCAACUCCCACCAGUCUUUGAGGUGUGGUGGGCCCCAAUUUCCCCUACCCCACUCCUUUUAUGUACACAAAAAUCAAAUGGGGGUGCAAUAAAAAUGAGGCUUUGAUUGGUCUUUUAUUGUGAUUAAGGUGGGCAAUGAGAUAAUUGUGGGAAACUAUUACGUAUAUUUCAAAGUCUUGAAUUUUCCUCUUCUUCUCUUCAAAGCUAAAAGGACCCCCCCAUUUUGGGGGCUUCUUUGAAAAGCAUUGCUUGAUUUGCCUCCCUUCUUCUACCCUUGAAAAUUGAAAAAAAAAAAUUGUUUUGAUUUUCUUCGUUCCUAUACAAACACCCUUUUGGGGGUUUAAUUAUUUGAUGAGAUUCUUGUUCCUUUCGGAAUAGUUGUUGAUUGAUCAAAGCUUGCUGCUUUCUUGUUUUCUUGAAGAAGGGAGGUGGUAAAACAAAAUUUUUUAUUCAUAUUUUGUGUUAUUAAUAGAAAAAAAGAAAAUGAUAGUAAGGUGGUGGAUAACAGCACUGCAAUUGACAGAGCUGUUUGUGAGUUCUUUUGUUCAUUUGGCAUAUGGGUUUUACAUAUUUAGCACAGCUGUGGCUGGUGAUCUUUCCCAGGCUUUAACUGAUUGUUUUUACAAGCCUAAUAAUUUGGAGGCUAACUUAAAAACAGAAGAUUCAAAGGCAAUUAAUACAAGUGCAGAAGAUCUGCCCCCCAUUGUGUUGGUUCAUGGAAUCUUUGGUUUUGGAAAAGGGAGAUUAGGAGGGCUUUCAUAUUUUGCUGGUGCAGAGAAGAAGGAUGAUAGGGUUCUUGUGCCUGAUUUGGGCUCUCUAACUAGCAUAUAUGACAGGGCUCGUGAGUUGUUUUAUUAUUUGAAAGGAGGGCAAGUUGAUUAUGGGGAAGAACAUAGUAAGGCCUGUGGACAUUCCCAAUUCGGACGAAUUUAUGAACAGGGGCAUUACCCAGAAUGGGAUGAAGAUCACCCUAUUCAUUUUGUUGGGCAUUCAGCUGGAGCACAGGUUGUUCGAGUUUUGCAACAAAUGCUGGCUGACAAGGCAUUUAAGGGAUUUGAGAACACGUCCGAGAACUGGGUCUUAAGCAUCACAUCGUUGUCUGGAGCAUUCAACGGGACAACAAGAACCUAUUUUGAUGGAAUGCAACCUGAAGAUGGGAAGUCCUUGAGGCCAGUGUCUUUGCUCCAACUUUGUCGCAUUGGAGUACUAAUUUACGAUUGGAUUGACAUUCCCUGGCUAAAGAACUAUUACAACUUUGGGUUUGACCACUUCAACAUAUCCUGGAGAAAAAUUGGAAUAUGGGGUCUUCUUGAUUGCCUUUUAGGAAAUGCUGGUCCGUUUGCUUCAGGGGAUUGGAUACUUCCUGAUCUUACCCUCCAGGGGUCGAUCAAGUUGAACAGCCACUUGCAUACGUUUCCUAAUACAUACUACUUCAGCUAUGCUACCAAGCGUACCGCGAAAGUCAUGGGUCUAACAGUCCCUUCUGGCAUACUUGGGAUACAUCCUCUGCUGUUCAUCAGAGUCCUGCAAAUGAGUCUAUGGCGGCAUCCUCCCGAUGUCCCUCCCCCAUAUAAGGGAUAUAGGGAUGAGGAUUGGUGGGACAAUGAUGGUGCACUCAACACUAUAUCUAUGACACACCCUCGCUUCCCAGUUGAGCACCCAAGUCAACUGGUUGUUAAAGAUUCUGAUUGCCACCCUUUGCGACCUGGCAUUUGGUACUAUAAGAUUGUUGAAGGUGAUCACAUUCUUUUCAUUGUGAAUCGCGAACGAGCUGGAGUUCAAUUUGAUUUGAUCUAUGACAGCAUAUUUGAGCGCUGCAGGAAGCACGUUUUCAGAAAAAAUCCGAUGAUGCCAGACCAUAUAAUUUCAUAGUUAACAUUAUGUUGCCCUCACCGAUGCGCUACAAGCUAUAAAGAGAAUAGAGGUUAAAGAGAAGGAAAACUGCGACGACAUCACACACUCUUAUGCUUUCUUGUUUUUCUUCAGACAAAAAUUUAUUUUUCUCUUGAAAUGUAAAUGUGAAUAGAUCAGAAUCCCAUUCUGCUUCUACUGUAUGUAAUGAUUACCACCACUCUAGUGUGUAGGCUUUCAGAGGAAAAAUGUGAAUUAAGGAGACAUGGUACACUGGUCCCUUGUAAUAUGAAAAACAUAAAGAUAGACUUUCAUAGAAUACAGUAGAGGUUUCUGCUUUAACUUUUUGAUGA